CCAAACGCUCAUCUGACAGCUGAGGCUAGCAUUACGGAGACGACUUCUCGUCCAUACGUCAUCCAGAUGAGGCAUGCUGGAAGUAUGCAGCCCGUAUCUAGAAGAGAUGCUGGAGUCUGGCACCAAACAAGAAGUCUUCUCUACAAAAAUCUGCUCAUCAAAUGGAGGACCAAGCAACAGAGUCUCCAGGAACUGAUCCUACCUCUGCUUCUGUUGGGUCUUCUGAUACUCAUCAGCACCCUGAAUCCUCACGUUUAUUAUGGAGGCAUGAGCACCAUGGACCUGGAGCGCGAAGACCACUUCUUCAAGGGCUUGGGCUACACACCAAUCACUAACAUCACCAACCACAUCAUGGAAGAGGUGGCCCAGGAGAUGCACAUGCAGGAUCAUCUGGAGAUGUUUGCCAGUGAGGAGGACCUGGAGAACGCCAGCCUUUAUGAGCCUUCCAGCUACGUCGGUGUGGUGUUCCUGGACAGCUCCGCCACGUCUUACAGGCUACGCUUUCCGUACAACCACCUGCCCUUUCCCAGCGAUUACACAGAAUCUAUUGCAAACUGUUUUACCAGCUCAGUGAACUGCAGAGCGGCUAACUACUGGUACUCUGGCUUCAUCCGCCUGCAGUCCCUGAUCGAUGCAGCCAUCAUCCAGAUGCAGACAAAGCGUUCUGUUAGGAGUGAGAUGGACCUCAGUGUAGUGAUGAUGGGUCAGCCAGGCUCUGUGGAGGUGCAGAAAUUCCCCCACGCCCUCAUCUCCAUCUACCUGGUCCUGGCCUUUACGCCCUUCGUCACCUUCCUCAUCGUCAACGUGGCAGCUGAGAAGGAACAUCGCCUCAAAGACACCAUGACCAUGAUGGGGCUCUACGACACCGCUUUCUGGUUGUCAUGGGGUCUCCUGUACGCUGCCCUGGUAACCACCAUGUCCUUCCUAAUGUCCAUCAUCGCUACGUACACGGCCCUGUUCCCUAACAGUGACUUCUUGGUUAUAUUCCUCCUCAUCUUCCUCUACGGAAUAUCAUCGAUCUUUUUCUCCUUCAUGAUGACCCCGCUAUUUAAGAAGCCCAAGUUUGCCAGCACAGUGGGUUCCAUGCUGACGGUGGUGUUCGGCUGCCUGUCCCUGUUCACCGUGCUGAUGAAGGACUUCCCUCAGCCUCUGGUCUGGCUCCUCUGCCUGCUCUCCCCCAGCGCCUUCUCCAUUGGGAUUGCACAGGUGGUUUACCUGGAGGCCCAGGGAGAUGGUGCUGUGUUCUCCUCCCUGGCUAACGGCCCUCAUCCUCUGUACGUGCCCCUGUUCAUGCUCGUUGUGGACUGCAUUCUCUACCUGCUGUUGGCUGUCUACCUGGACCAGGUUCUGCCUGGGGACUUUGGAAUCAAGCGGUCCCUGGUGUACUUCCUGAAGCCUUCCUAUUGGUCAAAACGCAGAAAGCGUUACGUUGAAGUGAGCUCGGUAUACGACGCAGAGGUGAAAGGCACUUCAGGUGGCGACGAGCAUGUGGAGCCCAUUUCACCUGAGUUCAGAGGGAAAGAGGCUAUCCGCAUCAAUAACAUCCAUAAAGUGUACAAAGAGAAGGACAGCGUGGUGGAGGCUCUGAGAGGUUUGACGUUUGACAUCUAUGAGGGCCAGAUCACCGCUCUGCUGGGACACAGCGGGGCUGGAAAGUCCACUCUCAUGAACAUCCUGUGUGGCAUCUGCACGCCCACCAGCGGCUCGGCCACCAUCUAUGGCUCCCCCGUAGCAGAGAUCGCAGAUGGCUCCGAAAUGAAGCAGCUGGUGGGAAUUUGCCCCCAGUUUAACAUUAUCUUUGAUGUGCUCACUGUGGAGGAGCACCUCCGGAUGUUUGCUGCCAUCAAAGGGAUCCUACCCUCGGACAUCGACGCUGAGGUUACCAAAGUGCUGAAGGAUCUAGACUUGGAAAAAAUUGCGACUGCUCAGGCCAAAAAUCUGAGUGGAGGCCAAAAGAGGAAACUCUCUGUGGGCAUCGCCAUUCUGGGAGAUCCUAAGAUCUUGCUCUUGGACGAGCCCACGGCCGGCAUGGACCCCUGCUCCAGACACCAGGUGUGGACGCUGCUGAAGAACCGCAGAGCCGGCAGAGUCACUGUCCUCAGCACACACUACAUGGACGAGGCUGACAUUCUGGCUGAUCGCAAAGCUGUGAUUUCUCAAGGACAGCUCAAAUGUGUUGGCUCUUCUCUCUAUCUCAAAGUCAAGUGUGGUGUUGGAUAUCAUCUCAGAAUGUCUAUCAACGAGGGAUGUGAAGCUGAAAAGAUCACGUCAUUGGUCAAGCAGCAUGUUACCAAGGCGAAGUUAUCUCGACAACAUGACGCAGAGUUGACCUUCACUCUGCCUCUGGAGGGCAUGGACAUGUUUUCAGGCUUGUUUUCGGAGAUCGAUUGCCAACCCAAUCUGGGAAUUAUCAACUAUGGGGUUUCUAUGACAACCCUGGAGGAUGUUUUUCUUCGUUUAGAGGCAGAGACCGAAGUAGACCAAGCUGACUACAGUGUGUUUAAUCAGGAGCAGACAGAGGAGGAAGGUGACAACGCCUCUGUGGACGAUACCGACCAGCGGCUGCUGACCUUCUCUGACAACAAGUCUGACGUCGUGUCGGGUCACGCUCUGUGGCGGCAGCAGUUCAGCACCGUGGCCUGGCUGCACAUGCUCAACAUGCGUAGGGAGAGGAAAGCCUUCAUUUACACUCUGGCCCUGUUCCUGGUGUUUGUGGCUGCAGUUCUCGUCCUUUCUCUGGCCACAGGAAACAUCCAGAUUCACUCCUCAGAACGCCAGUUUCUACCCAUUUACCUCCUCAACAAAAACGAGAUGCCGCACAGAUACUCUACCGGCCUCCUGGUUCAGAACUCCUCAGGCUCUGAUCUUUCUGAUUUCAUCCACAACCUGGAGUCUCAGGACCUCAAAGUAGAUCUGAUGAAACACAGCGAGUACAUGGCUGCAGCCCCCCACAGCGCCGCCAUCAACGUGACAGGAUCCAGCAAGGGGUUCAGGUACAGUGUUGCGUUCAACAGCACCACCGUUCACUCCUUGCCAAUGGCUGUCAAUGUAUUAAGCAACGCUCUUCUAAGAGGUCUGAAUGGUACUGGACAGAUACGAACCUGGAGCAAACCAUUUGAUUAUCAAAUGCCCGAUGCCACGUCCUAUGCUCUGGUGUACAUAGAGGCCAUCAUUCUGGGGAUGCUGGCUGCUGGGAUGCCUGCGUAUUUCGCCAUGGACCACACUCGAGACAGAGAGAUCAAGUGUCGCUCCACACUGCGUAUCUCUGGCCUGGUCCCGUCAGCGUACUGGUGCGGCCAGGCAGCGGUGGACAUCCCCUUCUACUACCUCAUCCUCUCCUGCAUGACCAUGAUCCUCUUCUCCUUCCACACCGGAAACCUGCUAACCUCCAGCAACCUCACCUCUGUGGUCUGUACUUUAAACAUGAUGCUUCACACAUACUUCACAGAAAACAAGCUUGUUGGGUGA